AUGCCGUCUUUCAGCCUCCUCACCACAUCGCGCUCGAUUCCUCUCCUGGGCGAAGUAGCCCCUUCCUCGUCGAUCCGCCGCCGCUUCACACUGUCCUCCGGCUACAAGCCUAAUGGCUCGGCAGCCUUCCUUCAGGAGCUUCUCGGUCACCAUCGGCUCCCACUGCCCGUACAGGUAGAUACCUUCGACCGCUCCGUGGAGGACGACGGGGAUGAAGAGUACAUUCAGCCAACAACCGUCCGCCUUCCUUCCUCGCCGUCGCUUCUGGACAGGAUGCACCGAUCACUUUGCCACCGCGCCAAGCACCUCGUCUCAGAUCCCGAUAUCGACCAACCCUGGACUGAAGAGACACUCCGCCUGUCCAGACUAUUCCGCUCACUCUCCGAGAAGGCUGCCUCUGCGACGGUGGCCGAACCAUGGAGCGGGAACGAUCUCAGCCUCGCCAACUACCUGUCCCUCUACCUCCUCCGCCCCUUGAACGAGCUGAUCGCCUACAUGCUCCUUCCUCAGGGUAUCCUGCUCCAUUGGCAAGCUCAAGAGACCCCAGACGCUUGCCGUUUCGAGCUGGUAUGGACGCGCGGCGGCCUCAACCCGCGACAGGUUCGCCUCGCCGUCCUGGAUGGCUUCGCUCCGCACAACCUGACCGUCCAGGACCUGCAGGCGCUUGCUGUGUCCGUAAGGCUAGGCAUGAUAGCGCACACCGGCAACCAAGAUGGCGGGGAAGAAGCCGAAGUCACCGUCGCCAUUCUCACCAAUUGCAACCAGUUUGUGGCACUAGCCAAAAACGUCGACGACAACGGCCGGUCAGUCAUCGACUUCUCCGAGCCUGUCAACGGUGGAGAGGCGAGCAAGGGCAUGCUGGCCUCCUCGCAGCUCGGCUUCCUCCUUAGCGCGACCACUCCUUCCCAUGACGUUCUCCGCGACCUCGGUGUGUACUCACCUAUCUGGACGCAGCCGUUCUUCGGACCCUACGAGCCGUGCACGCUGCCGACUUUAGUAGAGGAGAAGUCCGAUCCGGACAGCUGGUGGACUCCACAGAUCGAGCUCGUGUCGCUCAAGGGUAGUGGUGCUCUCUGGACGGCCUUCUCCGCAAAGCUGCGUUGGCUUUCCACCGACCAAACGGAGGCCGAUCUCAUCGUCAAGUUCUUCGUCCCGUCCAUGUUCCCUCCCACGAGGAUCAGCAAGUACACGAUCUACACGCGCGACGAGGCCAAGGCUGCCGCAAUGCACGAGCUGGCGGCGUACAAGGGCCCACUUGCCGAUCUGCAGGGGCGCCUUGUCCCGCAGUUGAGGGGAAUCUUCGGUUCGUGUCAAAGUGACGGCGUGCAAGUCUGGUGCGUCAUGCUCGAUGACGCCGGAGACGAGAUCAAGCCAUCCGAGCGGCGCAGCAACUGGGUCCAGCAUGAGCGAGGAGGAUUGGGAGGUCCUGACGCGGAUGGAGAUGGACUGCGUCGAGAUUCUGCUCGAGUGCACGAUCCCGUGUUCGCCUGCGAAGCAGUCAACCCUGCGGCGGGACCAGUCGAUCAAGCGCCGAAAGCCGGUGCCGUCGUUCGAGCCGCUGCUCCACCCCUAGAGAUACCAACAACAGCCUAUAAUGAGAACUCCUUGUAA